GCUGUGCGCCUCGCGCGGGGCAUGAUGGGGGAAGUGGAGCUUUCCAUCAUGGCGGCUUCCAUCUCGGGCUACACCUUCAGCGCUGUGUGUUUCCACAGCGCCAACAGCAACGCAGAUCAUGAAGGAUUUCUGCUAGGAGAAGUAAGGCAAGAGGAAACUUUUAGCAUCAGUGACUCACAAAUCAGCAACACAGAAUUUCUACAAGUAAUUGAGAUCCAUAAUCAUCAGCCUUGUUCGAAACUUUUUAGUUUUUAUGACUACGCAAGCAAAGUUAAUGAAGAGAGUUUGGACAGAAUUCUUAAAGAUCGAAGGAAGAAGGUCAUCGGGUGGUACAGAUUCCGGCGAAACACACAGCAGCAGAUGUCAUAUCGAGAGCAGGUUAUCCACAAACAGCUCACCCGCAUCCUCGGGGUGCCCGACCUUGUCUUCCUUCUCUUUAGUUUCAUCUCUACUGCCAACAAUUCCACUCAUGCUUUAGAAUAUGUUCUCUUUAGACCAAAUCGCAGGUAUAAUCAAAGGAUAUCACUUGCUAUUCCCAAUCUAGGCAAUACUAGCCAGCAGGAAUACAAAGUAUCUUCAGUGCCAAACACUUCUCAGAGUUAUGCCAAAGUUAUCAAAGAACAUGGUACUGACUUUUUUGACAAGGAUGGAGUCAUGAAAGACAUCAGGGCUAUUUAUCAAGUUUAUAAUGCACUUCAGGAGAAAGUGCAGGCAGUGUGUGCAGAUGUAGAAAAGAGUGAGCGAGUUGUUGAAUCUUGUCAGGCAGAAGUGAACAAAUUAAGAAGACAAAUCACUCAGAGGAAGAAUGAAAAGGAACAAGAAAGAAGAUUGCAGCAGGCGAUGUUAAAUAGACAGAUGUCGUCUGAAAGUGUGGAACCAGCCUUCAGCCCUCGGAUGUCCUAUUCUGGGUUUGCAGCUGAAGGUAGACGUCAACUUGGAGACACAGAGCCCUCUGAUCCUCCUCCCCCUUACUCUGAUUUUCACCCAAACAAUCAAGAAAGUACUCUGAGCCACUCUCGCAUGGAAAGGAGUGUCUUCAUGCCUCGCCCUCAGGCCGUGGGCUCUUCCAACUACGCUUCCACGAGUGCCGGACUGAAGUAUCCUGGAAGCGGAGCCGACCUGCUCGCUUCCCACAGACCAGCGGGAGACAGUGGUGAUGAAUCUGAUGACAGUGAUUAUGAAAAUUUGAUUGACCCCGCAGAGCCCUCCAAUAGUGAAUACUCACAUUCAAAAGAGCCACGAUCUGUGACACAUCCUGAUGAGGAGCCCAGGAACACUCAGACCUCCCAGAUGUAACUGAACAAAUGAGUCUUCCAUUUGGCACUGCUUUUCUUAAUAAGAAGCGUGUUGAAAAUUGGUUGAGGACUGAAUCUGGGGGAGAACUGCUUUCUCAGAUGCCGUGGCUGCAGAGAGGAGAGUCCUGUGCACAGAACAGAACGUGCGGGAGCCUCCGUCCCUCCGCUGGUCCUACCCUCGCUCCGGACGCAGUGUGCAGGCAGGGUUCACAGAAUCACUGAGAUAAUCAAACUGUCCUAAUCCUGGUGCGAUUUGUGGAUGUACUGGUAAAUUUAGGCAAAAUUAAACUUGUCAGUGUAGUUUCUGUUCUUUUCAAUGAAUUGGAAAUUAUUUAGAGACUAAGCACAAUUAGUCUAUAAAUAUUCUGUAAAUCAAAAACUUACCUCUUGCACUAUCAUGCCUUGAAAUUUGCUUUUUUUCAAAGGGAAACGAGUUUAGCAGCAGCUUUCAAAGAACUACUUUCUAUGAUGAGCCAAAUCCAUCUUUGCCAGAAAAGAACUUUUGUUAACUCUAAGAAGCCUAACUGGAACAAAUCAGCUGUGCUUUCUCCUUUCUGCAUGACUUUGUAAGGUGAAGGAGAGGGCUUUGUUUCAGCUUUUUUCUACUAGCCUGAUAUGUAUUGUCACUUAAAAUGGUUGCCUUUAAAAAAAAACAAAGUAGAAAUACUAAUUACCAGUAAGUAAUCAUGCCAAUAAGUAUGCCAUAACAUGAGUUAGUUCCUUUCUUUGGUGGGUGACAGUGGCCAGUGGAGCACAGCACGCGUUGGUGUCUGUCCUGGAGUCUCAGAGGAAGGGCCCUCCGCAGUGGAAACAAAGUUAGAUGCCAGACCUGAGUUCUGUGAAGAACAGUUUCCAAACAUGGUAGAUUGAGUGCCCAUGGGAGGGGAUGUAACUUGCUUAGAUCUGACAAAUCUUAGUGUUAGUUUUAUUUGUGGAGGAAAGACUUUUAUUAGACUGGGAAUCCUGGUGAACAAAAAUUUGUUUUAAAUCCAAAUAACCAUACUUAUUUUUUUUUUUAAGUGGCCAUGUCUGUCAGAUAACUGCAGAUAUGUAGAGACAGUUGGGAUGCACUUAUGUUUUUAUUUAAUUACUGCUUGUUUUCUAGUUUUGCCCAUAAUGUGUGAAACCACUAAGACCUUAUGAGUGGUAUGUUGGGCUCUUGGUCCAGGAAUGGUAAGACCUGCCAUUUACAGCAAAGCUGGCCCAUAAAGGUAAUGCUUGCAGUUUAACCACAUGUCCUUAGACUGGUGAAAACUGACAGGAGUAAGGAAGCCAUUCAAAGACUUGACAUCUGAUUCCAAAAGAGUAGUCUCGUUUUACAGAGGUGUCUUCUUGGGAGCUCCAGCUCCAGUUGAAGCCAGACGGUAUAACUUAGACUUGAGCAUGAGAACCUAAAACUGCCAUUCUUUGGGUGUCCACUCGAGGGGGGAGAGGGUUAUAUUUGAACUGCUGUCAUGGUUUGGCUGGCCUUACACCACUGCCAUUUGAUUUGAAAUGUUGCAGGUCACCUGUUGUCAUCAACUACCUACUUACUAGCAGCUUCAGCAUCCAUGUGGAUUGAAGUUUUAAGUGCCAUUGCCAUCUCCUCUGUUCAGAUUCUGACAUUCAGGAAAACACUUUUAUUUUUAUGCCAUACUGAAAUCUACCAUGUAUAUCUGACAAAGCAGUUAAAUGUGACAAUAAAAACUUAUUUAAUCAUGUU